AGUGUGACAUCCAGCGGAAGUAAACAACACAAGCGCUAGUAGCGUUAGCUGCAUGUAUGUAGUGAAUUAGCUGGAAGACGAUAUUCGUGGCGCUGUUACUUAUUUCAUUUGUAAUUAAGCAACAAUGUCUUCAGUUGAGUGUUUGAGAGAGUUUGUCAACGAGCGACUAACUGCUGCUGCUGAAGAAAUAUUCAGAGUUUUAAAAAAAACUAUCUUCGAGUACGAGGAAGAGAUCGAUCGUCAGCGCAGACUGCUGGAUAGCUUUUGGAAACCCGAAAUAAAGUUACACAGGAUAGAGCUCCCACAGCAACAUGUCUGUACGGAGGAGGAGGUUCUGGCUGACCAGCAGCUCUGUAUUCAGGAGAGGAACUCCAGUCUGGACCAAGAGGACCCAGAGCCUCCACAGAUUAAAGAGGAACAGGAGGAACUCUGCACCAGUCAGGAGGGAGAGCAGCUUGUACUGAAGCAGGAGACUGAUGCCUUUAUGUUGACUCCUACUGAUGAGGAAAGUGACCACAGUGAACCAGAACCAAACAGGGACCAGCAGCUCCUCUCUCACAACUCUCAUGUAGCUGAGAGCCAAGAUCAGAAAGGAGGCAAGCAUGGAGACUCAGGAUCAACUAGAGAUGCAGAACCAAAACCAGAGAAUCAACAUCACAAAAAUAGCUCCCACAGCAACAUGUCUGUACGGAGGAGGAGGUUCUGGCUGACCAGCAGCUCUGUAUUCAGGAGAGGAACUCCAGUCUGGACCAAGAGGACCCAGAGCCUCCACAGAUUAAAGAGGAACAGGAGGAAC